GCGCGACCCAGUAUUCACUCAGAGGAGCUUGUGGCACUGCCUUUAAUGAAUAAAUCGUUCUUUUCCAAGCAUCCCCGGCUGACCACUAGGAACUGCGCUCACGCAUUUUCUAUUUAUAAAGCCAUUUGAAGAAGGCGCCGAAUGUCACGUGCUCGUGACGUUCCCCGCGGCUUAACGUCACGUGUCCGUGACGUCACUCGAGGCCUAUUAGCAGACAGUAAAGGCCUGCAGUGAUCCUAUAUCGGAGGUCGGGACUGUCUCAGCAUGCCCCUCUACUCAGUGAACGUCAAAUGGGGGAAGGAGAAGUUUGACAAUGUGGAACUGAACACCGAUGAGCCCCCCAUGGUUUUCAAAGCGCAGCUGUUUGCAUUGACUGGGGUGCAGCCAGAUAGACAAAAGGUUAUGGUAAAAGGAGGAACAUUAAAGGAUGAUGACUGGGGAAACUUAAAAAUAAAGUCUGGAAUGACAUUGUUAAUGAUGGGAUCUGCUGAAGCUCUGCCAGAGGAACCUGCAAUGAGACCAGUCUUUGUAGAAGACAUGACAGAAGAGCAACUGGCUUCUGCUAUGGAGUUACCUUGUGGCCUGACAAACCUCGGUAACACGUGUUAUAUGAAUGCUACUGUUCAGUGUAUCCGAUCUGUUCCAGAGCUGAAGGAAGCACUGAAAAGGUAUGCGGGUGCCUUGAGAGCUUCAGGCGAAAUGGCCUCUGCCCAGUAUAUUACUGCAGCUCUUAGAGAUUUGUUUGACUCUAUGGACAAAACCUCUUCCAGUAUCCCACCAAUCAUCCUUCUCCAGUUUCUACACAUGGCUUUCCCACAGUUUGCAGAGAAAGGGGACCAGGGGCAGUAUCUUCAACAGGAUGCUAAUGAAUGCUGGGUGCAAGUAAUGAGAGUGCUGCAGCAGAAGUUAGAAGCAAUAGAAGGAGAUACUGAUAUGGAGACCGAUUCAGGAGCAGCUGCAACGGCCUCGAAGAAAAAUAGCUUCAUUGAUCAGUUUUUUGGCAUUGAGUUUGAGUCGACCAUGAAAUGUACUGAAUCUGAAGAGGAGGAAGUUACUAAAAGUAAAGAGACACAGUUGCAGCUGAGCUGUUUUAUUAACCAGGAAGUGAAGUAUCUCUUCACUGGCCUUAAAUUGCGCCUUCAAGAAGAAAUCACCAAAUUUUCUCCAUCAUUGCAAAGAAAUGCUCUGUAUAUUAAAACUUCCAGGAUCAGUCGUUUACCUGCCUACCUGACUAUCCAGAUGGUCCGAUUCUUUUACAAAGAGAAGGAAUCUGUGAAUGCCAAAGUUCUUAAGGAUGUGAAAUUUCCCCUCAUGUUGGACAUAUAUGAAUUAUGUACACCGGAGCUUCAAGAAAAGAUGGUUCCAUAUCGUUCAAAGUUCAAGCAAUUAGAAGACAAGAAAGUUUCAGAGCACGCACCCAAAGCAAACCAAAUGGCCCAGAGAGAAGUUCAGUAUGAACCAUUUGCAUUCCCAGGUGACAUUGGCUCAAUUAAUUCCGGAUACUAUGAGCUGCAGGCAGUUCUAACUCAUCAAGGAAGAUCAAGUUCUUCAGGACACUACUUAUCCUGGGUAAAGAGAAAAAACGAUGAAUGGAUUAAAUUUGACGACGACAAAGUAAGCAUUGUGUCUCCUGAAGAUAUUCUGAGAUUAUCUGGGGGAGGAGAUUGGCAUAUAGCUUACGUCCUCCUUUACGGACCCCGACGAAUCGAAGCUAACGAUGAAGAGACAGAUCAAUGAUGACAUUUGCCAUUUUAAUAAUUUUUCUAGGUGUGAAAUAAAUGUUCCCAGAUUAUAA